AUUCGAUUUAUUUUAGUUCAAAAUCGUCAAGGUAAAACUCGACUUUCAAAAUGGUAUGUACCAUAUGAAGACGAAGAGAAAGUAAAAUUAAAAGGUGAAGUUCAUAGACUUGUUGCACCAAGAGAUCAAAAACAUCAAUCAAAUUUUGUAGAGGCACAUGCUAAUGAUAAUGAAAUAGCUUAUUUAGAAGCUAUACAUUUUUUUGUUGAAGUUUUGGAUGCAUUUUUCGGAAACGUUUGUGAAUUAGAUUUGGUUUUUAAUUUUUACAAAGUUUAUGCAAUUCUUGAUGAAGUUUUUUUAGCAGGAGAAAUUGAAGAGACUAGUAAAAAUAUUGUAUUAACACGAUUAGAUCAUUUGGAUAAGUUGGAAUAA